AUGGGCGUUGGUGCAGAGGAUGUACUAGUUUGUGUAUCGAGGUUCCUUCACUUUUCGAUGAAGACGAGUUCUGUGUGUGCGCAGAAGCACCCCAUUGUUAUAGGCGCUUUGUUGUUCUUGUUCCUCCUUUAUGUAUUUUUCAAUAUAUUUGUUUUCUUCUCUCCAUUUCUCGUCUGCGUUGCUCUGCUUCUUAGAAUUUUUUACACUUCUGGAGGACUGAUAAUCCUAGAAGCCAAAGAAAGAAGUAAUCCAUGUAAACAUUCUGGAUCUGUUGGUGUGGUUUAUAGAGACGAGAGCUCUUGCUUACUGAAGCAGAAGAGCAGACGAACUAAUGUCAAAAGGAUAGAAUGGGAUACACAGGCCAAGGCGGGAAAAGACUUGCCAUUGAGAUCUCCUAAUGAUUUGGUUAGUAAAACUAUGUUGCUUGCCAAAGAAGUAAAGGCUUUGAACAUGCGCCAGAAAGAAAGAGCAUUUGAUCAUGGAGAGAGUUCCAGUGCAAAGAGGUCCUCGGUUGAAUCCAUUGUGUUUGAUGACGAUCAUUCGAUCCUAGAUUCUGAUCGAGAUAUCUUAUCAUCAAGCUCGUCCGAUGACGAGUCUGAGAAAUUUGAAGGUGGGAGGAAGGAAGAAGCAGCACAACAGGAUGGGACUAAGGCAGUGCAGUGGACAGACGAUGAUCAAAGAAAUCUUCUUGAUCUUGGACUUUCCGAGAUUGAACGAAACAAAAGGCUAGAGAGUUUGAUUGCCAGAAGAAGAGCAAGAAAGUUAUUCAAAAUGCAAAUUGAGAAAGGCCUAAUUGACCUGGACACUAUUCUACCAAGUCAGAUUGCUCCCCUGUAUAUUGCAAGAAACAACCCAUAUAUUGCUGAAAUGGAUGGCAUGGAAACACCUGGUUCAGCCCCUUCAGUAAUGUUUCCAGCAAAAAACCCAUUUGAUCUUCCAUAUGAUCCACUGGAGGAGAAGCCUGAUCUUAAGACAGACAGUUUCCAACAAGAAUUCACAACAGUCACCCAGAGAGACAUGUUAUAUUGUAGGCAUGAGAGCUUCUGUUACGGCGCUGCUUACCCAUUAGAACCCAGGAAGAGAGCAUUAGAUGGACUUGGGUUCUCAAGAUUCAAAAAGCAAUCAAGUAAUGCAGAGUUUUCAUCUGUCUAUUUCCAUGUUCCCGAAAUUGCCUCUGUUAAUUGUAAUGUUCCUGGCUGUAAAUUUUUCCUGCAGGUUUGGGACCUCAUGAUAGGCGUAUUGAAAGAAUGUUGUCAAACAAAGGAGAGCACGACGAGCUUGUUGAAACCCUUUUGGCAGAAGUUGAAGCAUCAAGCAUCUCCCAUAUUGAGCAUUUCUGAAGUUGUUGACAGUGAAACUACAACACCAAAUCAAGCAACAACUUUAGCUGAAUGCAAAGACGAGAAAAGUAGAAAAACUCAAAAACAGACUGAUACUGAAGGAAUGAGAAAGAUGAAAAAUGAUCAAAAUGUGGCUGUAAUGUCUACUAGAAGUGAAGCUCGCGUGGAGCAACAGGUAACUGAUGACAGCAAUGAUGAGUCAACCUCAUCGGAAGAAGAUGAACGACGUUAUACUGCCGCUAAAUCUGGAUACUCUCAACAUGCAGCAUCAAGAAUGGGACGUGCUCCACCUAAACCUUUGAACUGUUCCCUUCCUAGCCCAUCAAAUGAAAAAAGUUUUUUUUAUCCAGAGAGAGGUCCUUGUCACACUCCCACCUGCUCUAUCGCUUCUGAUCUGCAGGUAGAGGUUUCAGACAUUGGUUCACCUCCGCUAACAGUUGAUGGAGCCAAUUCACCCACUGAUAGAGAAUCACUGAACUUAGAUGGGGACUUCGAGAGAGAGUACAUGUGGGCAGCAUCAUCAUCUCAAUCAUCCAGAAUGGAAGAAAAUGAACCAAAAUUCAGGGACAUGCGUGGCUUGAAUGAGGAGGACUUAGCAAACAUGGCAUCUUUGGGACACAGUAUGACCACCAAGGAUGUUGCUGAAUCCACCAUGCAGUUGCAACAGCCAGAUGAGCUAGAUGACACGUACUCAUUGUCAUCUACGAUUACAGGACUACAAGCAGACAGUAGAACCCAUUCAAUGAGUUUAGAGGAUGUCAGGCAAGUAGUGGAAGAAGUUGGGAAGCCAAGCAUUUCUGGUUUGUCAAAUGCACCUUCACCAGUAAAUCAGGCCGAAAAAUUGGAGUCGUCAGAGAAGUUGGUAGCUCUACCAAAGGGAAAAUGCAAGUCUCCACCGAAGCCAACUGAGGAAGCCAACAUAAUACAGAAAAUAACAUCUGAAGAUGCCUCGUUAAAAGGAACAGAACCUGCUGCAGAAUUGAAAACACCAGCUAACGAAAUUAGUAGUGUAUUCCAAAAGGCAACAAAUCUGAAAAACACAGACAAGACAGCAAAUGUAAAGCAGAAAGAAUCAGAGUCAGCUCGUGAACUGAAAACCCCUAUAGGAGAAUUCGCAAGUGUACAGAAAAAGGCUGCAGACACUCCGGGAGAAUUGAAAAAAGCAGCUGAAGAAAUCGGGAGUGUAUCACAGGAAGUAUCAGAGGCUCCUUUAGAAGUGGAAAAACCAACUGAAAAAAUUGAUAGUGAUUCGAAAGAAGUGACAGAGGCUCCUGCAAAGUUGAAAAAAGAAGUUGAUAAAGUAGAAAGUUCAUCGCAAGAAGCAACAAUGGCUGCUACAGAAUUGAAAAAAACAGAUGAAGUUGGAAAUGUAUCAGUAAAAUCAGUAGAAGCUCCUACAGAACUGAAAAACUCAACUGAAGAAGUUGGGAGUGUAUUGCAAAAAUCAAAAGAAGCUUCCGCAGAAUUAAGAAAAUCAGUUGAAGAAACAGCAGGUGUUUCACAGAAAGCAGCAGUGGCUCCUGUAGAAUUGAAAAAAUCAAAUGAAGAAUCAAUAGAGGCUCCUUCUACAGAGCUGAAAACAUCAGUUGAGGGCAUAGCUAGUGUUUCCGAGAAAUCAGCAGAGGCUGCUUCAGAUUUGAAAAAAUCAGCUGAAGAAAGUGGGACAGUAACAAACAAAAAAACCGAGGUUCUUCAGGCGUUGAAGGAACCAGAGAAACAAAAUGAAAACUUAAAACAAAACGACGCAGAGGCUAAUGCAGAUGUGAGAAACAAAGCUACAGAGGUUCCAUCUAAAGUGAAAGACCAAGAUGAAGACACUGGAAGCUCAACGGAAAUGGCCAGUAAGACUGCUGUAAAAUUGAAAAACCCAGCUACAGAAACUGGAAGUGUAUCAGAAAUUGCAACAGGGGAUACCGCAGAAACGAAUAAGUCUUCUGUAGAUACUGGAAGUGUAUCACAAAAUGCAACACGUGCUAGUGCAGAAUUGAAAAUACCAGCUGAAUUAAGUGGCAGCAUACCACAAAAAGAAGUAGAGACACCAGCGGAAAUUACAAAAACUGUCGAAGACAUUGCAAAUGUGUCGCAUAAAGCAUCUGAGGUUGUUGCAGAACUGAAAAGUCCAGCUGAAAAAAGUGAAAAUACAACUGGAAAAACAAAAGAGGUUGCGGCCAUGUUGAAAAGCCCAGCUGAAGAAGCUGGAAACGUGUCACAAAGAGAAACAGAGGUUGCUGCAGAAAUGAAAGAAACAACUGACGAGAUUGGAACUAUAGCACAAAAGGCAAAAGAGGCUGCGACAGAAUUGAAACAUUCAGCACAAGAAAUAAAUAAUGUAACACAAGAUAAAGUUGAGGCUCCUGCGGAAAUGAAACAACCAGUUGAAGAAAUCAAAACAUGA